AUGACAGCCUCCAGUGAGAAAGAUCCAACCCGACGAAGUCUUUUCAAUCUCUUGAUCCCAACUAAAGUUGUCGUCUCUGGAAAGCCAGAUACAUCUCCAACCGAUUCUGCGGCAACGGAAAGCCCAGUAUCGGAGCCAAUUAUCCCAAGGGGGGGGAAAGAUCGGCUAAGGGCUCGUUUGACUCGCAGUGGCUCCAAGAUUCUACUGUUGCUAGGCUUACGUGGUUCAUCCCAAAGCAACAAAGGGUCUAGCGUCGACAUUGAUUGCUGUGAUUCGGUGCAGGCCGACGAAAGCACAGGUCUCUCGAACCCAUCCUCCCCAUGUGGUAAUGGCGAUAAUCGCCCGGCAUAUCUGACUGCAGCUGAGUCUGUACAAAGUGAACUAUUACCUGCCACUCUUUUGCGCAGCACCCCCACCCAGGGGGUGGAAACUUUGUCUGAGCCACUUCCCGACCUACGGCCACCCGAGAGUCAGGGUGAGUCGGCUGUUGUCGACGACGUGCAGCAACAUAGCUCAAGUGGGGAACCCCUGUCAACUAGUGUCACUGAACAGCCGAGUCCAACAAAUUCUAAAUUCGUCGAUCGCUUCUCGCACAAGAUCUCGCUAGCGUUUGGUCAGCCCACUGUCAUCCGCCGUGUGCAUCUUCGGUCACGACCGAGUGUUCUUCCCGCCAAUUCUCCGGUAUUAGACGGUCUCUGUAAGCAGAGUGAUGGCGCUAAUGAUAGCUCCAGCCCAUCAACCAGCCCCAGUAGUGGUGGGUCUCCUGCCGGCGGGCAGUCAACUUCACUGACUCCGCUCACGUCCGUGGGGCCGUCUCCUUCCUCGGAUAAAGGCAAGCUGCCCGACGGACACGAAACUGCAGUGAUACAUUGGCCCUCUCUUACCGAGAUCAAUGAAGCUUCCAAUGCUUCAGACAAAAAUGUAAUCACAAUAUCGCCGUCGAUCAAAACUGUGGAAGCGACAUCAGUGGCAAAAGUUUACUUGGAACUAUACUUCAACUCCAUUUUUCAAAACAAAGAUCCCCGUCAGCAACGUCAGCUCGAGUUGGAGCAGCAUAUCUAUGCGUUUGAGCUCACACCCGAGGAACGGCUGAUGACAAGACACAACUGGGUCUUACGAGAGAACGAUUAUCUUCGACAAUGCCGUGUGCUCAAAUCAAACCGAUACUGCACUCAAACCGAAGACGCCAUCUCCAUCGCAGGUUACAAAGCUAUAAAGGUAUUGGGGAAAGGAAGCUUUGGUGUUGUGCGUCUUGUUCGACGGAAUAGCUGUGAUUCAAGGAGUUCCCAGGAAGAUGACCCUCUUACUCUCAAAGACAACAAUGUCCACGCUAGAUCAAAUCCUUUUGGAGCUCUGAUGUCUGCCAUGGAAGGUGCCAGACAAACCCGUCGAAGGUACAUGACCGGCGAAAAGAAGGAGGUAUAUGCCAUGAAAGUCAUCAAAAAGGCCGAGAUGAUCCGCAACUCCCAGGAAGGCCAUAUUCGCGCGGAAAGAGACUUCCUUGUUGCAUCUGAGAACUCUCGCUGGGUUGUUCCUUUAAUCGCUAGCUUUCAAAAUGCCACCAAUCUAUAUCUUGUGAUGGAUUACAUGGUGGGUGGAGACUUUUUGGGGCUACUGAUCCGCAAAGAUACACUCCGCGAGGACUGGACACGAUUUUAUAUCGCGGAGAUGAUAUUGUGCAUUGAGGAGGCACAUCGACUUUGCUGGAUUCAUCGCGAUGUCAAGCCUGAUAACUUUCUCAUCUCUGCGUCCGGCCAUUUGAAAAUUUCCGACUUUGGUCUCGCUUUCAAUGGGCAUUGGUCGCAUGACCAAGCUUAUUAUAACAGCCAUCGCUACUCUUUGCUGGAGAAGCUUGGCAUCGAUGUCAAGGGUGAUUCCGAGGACCAAGAGGCGUCUGCUGAAGCGAAAGAACUCGCUCCUGAUAUAAAGUUGCACAUUGUGGAUGACCAUGCUCUUCAUCAGCCAUCCUCAGCAAGUCUGUUGGAUUGGAGAAACAACAAUGGGCGACGCAGAUUCGCAAGAAGUGUUGUUGGAACUAGUCAAUACAUGGCACCCGAGCUCAUUCGCGGUGAAAUGUAUGAUGGACGAUGCGAUUGGUGGAGCUUGGGUAUUAUUCUAUACGAGUGUCUAUAUGGUUUCACACCCUUCGCUUGUGAAAAUCGCCAUGAUACAAAGAUCAAGAUCCUUCAACACUCGAGAACUCUACGAUUUCCGCGGGAGAAAUUCACAGACAAGUUAGUCUCACAAGAUGCCAUGGAUCUGAUUAUCAGGAUACUCCAAGAGCGCGAAUAUCGCCUGUGCUCUCCAAAGUACCAAGCCAAUGAUAUACUGAAUGGACGUCCUGUCUCGACCCAAUUGCUCUACUCCAUGGACGCGCGGUACAGAAACAUCGCGAGUUACUACGUAUAUCCCAACGAUGCAGCAGACAUCAAGAUUCAUCCAUUCUUCCGAGGUAUCCGAUGGCAAGAUCUCCACAUGUGUCAACCACCAAUGAUCCCUAGGGUCAGGAACUGGGAGGACACUAGAUAUUUUGACGACUGGAAGUUGGCCAGCAAUGGUGUCGAGGAAGCUGUUAAUAGUGACUCAGAGGAUCCAGACCAAGAACCUCACGCGAUUACUCCCGAAAAUCAAGAAAUAAGACCAGCAGAGGACGCUAUCGAGCCGCCAGCUGCUAAAACUACCCCAGGUGUAGCAAAGGAGGCAAAAGACACCGAGAAGAAAAAGGAGAAGAAACGGCCCCGCGAUAAAAUCCUCCGAGACAAACAGAUAAGCAAGACGGUCUUGGACAUUCGGAAAAAGGGCGCUUUUCUGGGGUACACAUACCGACGACCGAACGAUGUUGCGUUGGCCUUCAGCACAGAGCGAGGGCGUCAACCGUAUGCCAGAGGCCAAUUGGCCGACCUGUAUGCAUCAUGA